GGUUUACUAAAACCCUGCAUCGAUUGAAGGACAUAUUCUUCAAGCCAUGAUUUACAUUCAAGAAGAUUAUCCUGUCUUGGAGAAGAAGAAUAGAAUUUUGGCCAAUAAUAAUGCUUCCAUGAAGCUGGAGAUUGAGAAGCAUGUAGAGAAAGAGCGCCAAUCUGAAGAUCUCAUUAAGUCUCUAAAGGAUAAGCUUGAGAAGGUGAAGCAAGAGCUGACUAAUGAGAAGAAAAAGGCAGAGGACCUUGCCUCUAAUUUUGAGCAGGUUGCUUUGACUGCUGUUAUCAAGACUCGUGGAGAACUAAUGAUUGAGUACAAGGAAGGAAAAUAUAAUGACUGGGAUGUGGAUGGUGAGAUAGAAACUUACAGUGCCCACAUGGGUUUGGAUGUUGAUAGUGAAGGAGCUGAACAAUUUGAAGAUGCUUCUGUUGUGAAUAUCAAAGAAGCGGCUGCCGAGAUCCAUGAUCUUGGUACUACAAAGGAUCGUGAAGGACCUCAUACAAAUGCUUAG